GGAAGCGGAGUCAUUAUGGGUCAGAAUCACAGUAAUGGUGGAGGGGGAGGGGGAGGGGGAGGGGAUGAAAAGAAGGACAAAAAGAAGAAAUAUGAACCCCCAGUACCCACCCGCGUCGGUAAGAAGAAGAAGAGGAUGAAGGGACCAGAUGCCGCCAACAAGCUCCCCUUAGUAACACCGCAUACAAGAUGCCGCUUGAAAAUGUUAAAAUUAGAGCGGAUAAAAGAUUAUCUGCUAAUGGAAGAAGAAUUUAUCCGUAAUCAGGAAACUCUUCGUCCACAAGAAGAGAAGCAGGAGGAAGAAAGAAGCAAAGUCGAUGACCUGCGUGGAACACCAAUGAGUGUUGGUACCCUGGAGGAAAUCAUUGAUGAUAAUCAUGCCAUAGUAUCCACAAGUGUUGGAUCAGAGCACUACGUUUCUAUACUGUCUUUCGUUGAUAAGGAUCAGUUAGAACCAGGCUGCUCUGUACUUCUCAAUCAUAAGGUGCAUGCUGUAGUAGGUGUCCUAAGCGAUGAUACCGACCCCAUGGUGACAGUUAUGAAGUUGGAGAAGGCACCACAGGAAACCUAUGCUGAUAUUGGAGGACUGGAUACUCAGAUUCAGGAAAUUAAGGAGUCUGUAGAACUCCCUCUGACCCACCCUGAAUACUAUGAGGAAAUGGGUAUCAAGCCUCCUAAGGGAGUCAUCCUUUAUGGACAGCCUGGUACUGGAAAAACCCUUCUUGCCAAGGCUGUGGCCAACCAGACCAGUGCCACAUUCCUUAGAGUUGUGGGCUCAGAACUUAUCCAGAAAUACCUGGGUGAUGGUCCCAAAUUGGUACGAGAACUCUUCAGAGUGGCAGAAGAACAUGCUCCUAGUAUUGUUUUUAUUGAUGAAAUCGAUGCUGUGGGAACCAAGCGAUAUGAUUCAAAUUCUGGUGGUGAAAGGGAGAUCCAGAGAACUAUGUUGGAACUCCUAAAUCAGCUGGAUGGGUUUGAUUCAAGAGGAGAUGUUAAGGUGAUUAUGGCUACGAACAGAAUUGAGACCCUGGAUCCAGCUCUGAUCCGUCCAGGUAGAAUUGAUCGUAAGAUUGAGUUCCCUCUGCCUGAUGAGAAAACCAAGCGUCGUAUUUUCCAAAUUCACACAUCAAGGAUGACAUUGGCAGGUGAUGUCAACCUGGAUGAACUUAUUAUGGCAAAGGAUGAUUUGUCCGGAGCAGAUAUCAAGGCCAUCUGCACAGAAGCUGGGUUGAUGGCACUCCGUGAACGAAGAAUGAAGGUUACAAAUGAAGACUUCAAGAAAUCAAAGGAAAAUGUUCUGUAUAGAAAGAAAGAGGGAACACCAGAAGGCCUCUAUCUCUAAGGUCUUGGAUGUGUGCGUUGGCUUUUUUAAUGUUUAGAAGUUUACAUGGAACCCAUGUUCUUUAUUUGUACUAUAGAUUUAUUGAUACCCAAGAAGGAUAUUUUUUUUCUAUUUAAUUUCAUAAGGGUGAAGAAGUUUUUAAAAUUACAUGACCAGUGAUUUCCUUUCUUGACCCAUGAAGUUGACCAUGUAAUAAUUUCAUCCUAAUAGAAAUAAAAAGGUGAUAAUGUGUA